AUGGUUAUGUCAUUAACAGAAAAACGUUAUUUGCAAGAAUGUUUGAUCUCGAAGCCACCUUUACGCCCGGACGGCAGAAAUGACGAUCAAUUUAGACCAAUUGAGGUAUUCACCGACUUCCUUCCGACGUCUAACGGCUCUUCCAAGAUUGUGGCCAGUGAUGGUACUGAAUGUGUGGUGAGUGUCAAAAGCAAAGUGGUGGAUCGCUCGCUUGAAGACGACCUAAUUGUGGUGGACGUCGAUAUCACAGGGCGUCGAGAUGACUCUCCACUUGUACAAGAGAUAGCGUCAAUUCUGAAUAGAGUGCUCCUUUUACAAAUAGACCAAGAACAACUGCGACUUACACAGAAAUACAGCUUCAAACUGUAUAUAGACGUGCUAGUGUUGUCAAGCUAUUCUCAUCCUCUGACACUAAUAUCGUUUGCCAUUUAUUCAGCACUCAAUUCCACGCAACUUCCAACGCUAAUUUCUAGUGAAGAUGAUCUUGAUGUUGCAGAACUGCCUACUUUCCAUGACUACGAUAUGAGUAAAUUGAACAUCGAUAUUCCCAUCAUGUUCACACUAGCUGUAUGUGGUCAAAAUGUUAUAGUGGACCCAGCUUCCAGCGAGAGCGAUGUUGCAAGUAACGGGAUUCUAGUGACGUGGUGUAAAGGUAAAGUAGGUGCCCCUAUAAGAACGUUGAGUUUGAACGAAGAGUACACGCGAGGUAUCCAUCCAGAUAGAUUGGCAGAGAGCAUUCGAUUGAUCGAAAUUUUGGCUCCAAAGGUCCUCCAGGCUUUGGAUGGUUGA